UUGUGUCAACAGACUAUCACAUGACGGGCAGCCAUUGCCUGAACAACAAAUUCUCCUCUUUCAAUUGAGAACGUGCAAGUUGAGCCACCAAAGGCUGGGGAAGUUCAUAUUAAGAUGAUAUCUUCAGGGAUCUGUGGUUCUGAUGAUCAUGCUCUAAAACGAUUAUUCCCAGUGAACUUUCCCUUAAGAACAGGCCAUGAAGGAGCUGGGAUUGUGAAGAGUACUGGCGGAGGAAUGAACUCAGUGAAACCAGGAGAUAAAGUCCUCACACUCAUUAUUCCACAGUGUAGAGAAUGCAGUGCCUGCUUGCACCCCAAGGGAAACUUCUGUGAGAAGCAAGACGUUCUACCUUCUUCUGGAAUAAUGCUGGAUGGGACUAGUAGAUUUACCUGCAAAGGAGAAAAGAUCUAUCACUCUUUCCCCACGAGCACAUUCACUGAAUAUACUGUUGUGAAUGAAAUUUCUGUGGUAAAAACUGAUGAUGCUGCUCCCGUGGACAAAGUUUGUGUCAUAGCUGUGACAGGCUAUGGGGCCGCUGUUCACUCAGCCAAGGUCACUCCCGGUUCUACCUGUAUGGUCUUUGGAUUUGGAUGAAUCAGCUCAGCCGUUGCCAUGGGCUGUAAAGCCUCUGGUGCUUCUAGAAUCAUCGGGGUUUAUAUCAAUGAGGAGAAAUUUCCCCAGGCAAGAGCAUUAGGGGUCACUGAUUGUCUCAACCCUCGAAACCUGAAGAAGCCCAUCCAGGAGGUGGUCACGGAAAUGACAGGCAUUGGUGUCGACUUUGCUCUUAAGGCCAUGGGACUCUCAGAUACCAUGAUUGCUGCUUGGGACUCCUGCCACCUGAACUAUGGUGUCUGUAUGAUCACUGGGCUACCUCCACCAAAUUCACAGCUUUGCCUUGAGGCACCGAAGGUUGUCCCUGGACAGACACUGAAGGGUGUAUGUUUAGGAGAUUAUAAAACCACAGGCUGUAUUCCCCAGCUAGUGACUGAUUACCUACAAAAUAAAAUUAAUAUGGAUCCAUUGAUAACCCAUCAGCUGCCUUUUGACCAACUCCACAAAGCUUGCAAGUUGUACCAUGCUGGAAAAACCAUCCGCUGUGUUCUGCUGUUCUGA